AGGAUGUAGUACAUGUGUGAUGCUUACUUUGCACGCGCAUCGGUUCUGGAGAAAACCGAUCUUCUUCAACUCAUCUUCCUUUAAAUCCGCGAGGGAAAAACUCAGUCUCUAUACAGUCGACGAAAGUAAAUCUCUCAUUUUACAAUCCACCAAACAAACCCUAAUCCUAACAAUGGCUGAGCCCGUUUCUAGCUCCGAUUUGAGGUCUGAGUCUCACUGCAAUUCUGAUUACGCUGAGAUUAUUGUUGUUCGACAUGGAGAAACAACUUGGAAUUCUGAUGGAAGACUUCAGGGACACUUGGAUGCUGACUUGAAUGAGGUUGGCAGGCAACAAGCAGCUGCAGUGGCCGAUCGAUUGUCGAAAAAAUCUAAAAUUUCUGCUGUUUACGCAUCAGAUUUGAGAAGAGCUUCUGAGACUGCUCAGAUAAUUUCUAGCAAAUGUGGUAAUCUCGAGGUUAUCCAAGAUCCAGACCUGAGGGAAAGACAUCUCGGGGAUCUUCAAGGUCUAGUCUUGAAGGAAGCAGCCAACACCAAGCCUAAAGCCUAUCAAGCAUUUGUAUCUGGCAGGACAGGUGAGGCUAUCCCUGGUGGAGGUGAAAGCUUGGAGCAAUUGCACGACAGAUGCACAUCUGCACUGCAAAGAAUUGGCAAGAAACAUAAAGGUGAGCGUGUAGUUGUAGUUACACAUGGGGGUGUCCUGAGAGAACUUUACUGGAGAGCUUGUCCAAAUGGAAAACGUCAGGGUAAGAUACUGAAUACAUCCGUGAACAUAUUUCACUUGUCUGAUGGGGGUGAACACUGGGUCAUAAAAGCGUGGGGUGAUGUGAGCCAUCUCGAAGAAACUGGAUUUCUGAAGACAGGCUUCGGAGGUGACAAGAAUUCUGGUUAGUUGCAUCGUCAUGCUUGAAGAUUAUCUGAAUUUGAUUACUUUCUGGUACUGCAACUUUCAGCAGUCAAUAAAAGAAAAUAUCUUAGAUUAUCAUUCCAAUUCCUACAAAUAGUUACAACUGUAAUUACUAUUGGCUGUACAUGCUAAUUGAAAUGUUCUUGGUAGUUCAGAUGAGAUUUUCUAUGAUGACUAGUAGUUGUUUUUUUUCGUAAAGAAAAAUAAAUAAAAAAAAGAGGGCAAGAGUUGCUGGAAAACUUUUUGUACUUAAUUUUCG